UCUGUUACUGAUCGAGAUAGCGGUCAAAUUUACAGAAGAAACAAGACUAAUUCCCAUUUUAAUCAAUUAAUUGUCUCCAAAAUUUGCUAGUUGCAACACAUAAGGCCAUUAGGAGCCCCCAGAAUACCAAGAUAAACGUGAGAACCUCACCUGAAUAUUCUCCUCUGAUCCUCUCUGGUUUGCUUCCUUUACAUCAUCAAUUGAUCGCUCUUUUACAGGUGAUAAUGAUAAAUCACGGAGAAGAUCAGGGCACUGAUUUGUCUUAUCCUUGCGAUGGCUAGAGGCUAAUUUCUGCAAGACCUUGGUUUAUCCUGCGAGUUAUCCAUUUAAUCUAUCUUGUGAGGUAGUUGAGAAAUCUUUUAUCCUUUGUCGAGACUCGACUCGAGUGUGACACAGCUUCGAGGUUUCUUUUUACACCAAAGCAUCAUCCCUCGCUCUUUAACAGAUAUAUAGUACUAGUGUGCUGCUGCUGCUGAAAGAGUCUUGAAUUUCUACUCAUAACAGAAGCAUCAAUGUCUGAGCAGGAGAGCCUUAGCAGCCCAAUGCCACGAGUACUUGAACCCAAGAGCCGCCCGGCCGGCGGCACGGAGCAAAGUUGGUGCAAAGCCGUUCCAGGCGGCACCGGCAUCACGGUUUUGGCUCUACUCCUCUCAAAAGCCCCAGAUGUCCCAUUUCUCCAAACUACCCUCCGCAACCUCCAAAACACCCAUCCCAUCCUCAAAUCAAAACUCCACUACGACUCCACUUCCACCACUUACUCCUACAUCAUCCCCUCAACUCCUCAGCUCCAAAUCCAACCGUUCGAUCUUGCAUCGACGUCUGAGAUUCUCCGAGGCCUCACUCGUUCAAACAGUAGCACUAUCUCCACCUCAGACUUCCGCCUGAUCCUCGAGCACGAGCUAAAUCGAAUCGUCUGGCCAAAUCCCGACCCUUCAUCAGAAGCUGAUGAUGUGGAUCUAUUCUUUGCCAGCGUGUACACUUUGAGCGAUGACAAGUGGGUCGUGGCCCUCCGGCUUCACACGUCGGUAUGCGACCGUACCACCGCGGUGUCACUGCUGAGGGAGUUGCUGAAGCUGAUGUCUGCGGACAAUGGGGAAGGGACGCAAAAGGAAAUUGACGAGGAAUUAUUGGAGGUUAGAUUGGGGAUCGAAGACUACGUGCCGAGUGGGAAGGGUAAUAAGCCAUUUUGGGCCCGGGGAGUGGACAUGCUUGGAUACUCGUUGAAUUCAUUCAGGCUGUCAAAUUUAACAUUCCAGGACACUGGCUUGCCCAGAUCUUCACAGGUCAUAAGGUUGCAAAUCAAUGCGGAUGUCACUCAAAAACUCAUUUCUGGAUGCCAAGCUAGGAACAUAAAAUUGUGCGGGCUGUUGGCGGCUGCUGCCCUAAUUGCUGCCCAUUCCGCAAAAUGCUUUCCAGACGAUCACUGGGAAAAGUACGCAGUGGUCACACUUAUUGACUGUCGUUCGCUUCUGGAUCCAGUACUCGAAAACAACGAUCACGGGUUUUAUCAUUCUGCCAUCUUAAACUCGCACGACAUUGAGGGCGGAGAGAAUUUGUGGGAGCUGGCGGAGAGAACCCACGCAUCCUAUAACAAUGCUAAAAACAACAAUAAGCACUUCUCAGACAUGCCCGACGUCAACUUUCUAAUGUGCAAGGCCAUAGAAAACCCGGGUUUGACUCCAUCUUCAUCCUUGAGAACUGCCCUGAUAUCCGUUUUUGAGGACCCUGUCAUCGAUCAUUCUAACCAGCUCCACCAAAGGGUUGGAUUGGAAGACUACGUCGGUUGCGCCUCGUCUCACGGGGUAGGCCCUUCAAUUGCAUUAUUUGAUACCAUAAGAGACGGACAACUGGACUGUGCAUGUGUGUAUCCAUCGCCUUUGCACUCCAGGGAUCAAAUGCAUGAGCUGAUCGGCGAAAUGAGAAGGAUUCUUGUGGAGGCAAGCAACGGCAUAGACACCAGCUAACCAGCUAGUGACUACAGAAGCUGAUUAGUAAUUCAUGUUUGUCUCGCAAUGGGCUUGUCGAAUGUGGAGACAGAUUUCAUUGCACAAACUUGUUCUUUGGAAUAAGCAUUGAGGUUAUGUCUCAAGUUUUAGCCGACUGGAAUUAUCACUAAAUUUUGAAUUACAACCACCUCUGUUUUUGCUUUGGUUGAUUCACUUCUUCGUCUUUCUCCUUU